AUGCUCAACAAUCAAGAGAGGCGGAAGAGGAAGCAGUACCCACCAGAGAGCCUCUACAAAGCCUGCAUGGAGGUGAUCAGGACCAACUCAACUCACAAAGCAGCAGGCAAAAAAUGGAACGUUCCUGAUUCUACCGUCUCGUGGAGGAUCCGUCUACUGAAACAACAUGGUUCUCUACAGCCCGACUGGAUCGAGAAGAUGAGAAUUUCCUACAAGGAAUUGGCGCUUAAAAUGAAUUGGGCUCAUAGCAACAAUAAAAAAUUGUCAGAGGCUCACGAGCGGGGUCUGUUGGACCACGUUAAAUUCCAACACUCCAUUGCCAGACCCGUCAAGCUAAAGGACAUCUCAAAGAUUGCCAACUACCUGCUCAAAGCGAACGGCAACACUGAAACCGUGGGCAAGAACUGGGCUUCCAACUUCGUUACUCGUCAUAAUCUUCUCGAAGUCAAGCGGCCCGUGUCUUUGGAACAAGCCAGAAUCGAUGGCACGACACACGAUAAACUCGAAGAAUUCAUUACAACUAUCACCUCCCAGACUCUGGAGGAGGUCCUUCCAGAGAACCGCUGGAACAUGGACGAAACUGGGUUCCAACAAGGAGAAGGAAGAGGCGGACAAGUGGUUGGACUCAGGGGUGAACCUGCCAUUCAAUCUGUCACUGGCAGAAGCGCAACUACAACGGUUAUUGAAACAGUCUCGGCAACUGGAAAAAGCACGAGGGCCUUGGUGAUCUUCAAGGGAAAAACCGUGCAGGGUCAAUGGUUUCCGAAGGGAUCUCGUGCGGAAGAUUACAAGGACAUGGUGUUCGAAUUCUCAGAUUCUGGCUUCACGAACAACAACACUGCCUGGAAAUGGUUGACGCAGGUUUUUAUUCCUGACACGAUGCCGAAAGACAAAUAUGGGAACGACGCCCCUCAUAUUCGUCGAAUACUCUAUAUGGAUGGGCAUCACAGCCACACGCAGAAGAGGUUUCUCCUGAAAUGCAUCGAGCACAACAUCACUACGGUUCUCUUACCACCCCACACCAGCCACAUUACCCAGCCGCUUGAUGUGGGUGUGUUCAGCUCCAUGAAACAUUGGUACAAAGACUUGGCUGGCAAUGAGGGAAAGGUGGGAAACCUCACUGACGCAGGGCCGCACGUAUUCUUGACUGUGAUCAACGAGGUGCGUGAGAAGGCUCUUACCGAGAGCAACAUAGCGUCUGGAUGGAGAGCCAGCGGACUGUGGCCACUCGACCCCGAAAAAAUUCGCUCCAAUCCGAGGCUGAUUCGUGAGAAUGGAAACAAGGAGCCGCUCGGAGCUGUGAGGCAAGAUUACACCUCUCAAGACACGGUUAGAGCAAUCUUUCCGAUCAACACACCAACUCCCGCUGUCCCCGAUAUGCCAUUGCAGCCAAGCCUGGAAGAGCUUGAAAAUUCCAUUCAUGACGACACCCAUGAUGAAACGUACAAGUGUACCAGCGAGUCUGAAAGUGACGGCAGUGGCUCUAGUGAUUCUAGUGACUCUGACGUUAGUGCCUCUGACAUUAUUGUCAACGAUGGUGCCAUGGACGCCAGCGAUUACGAGUUCUUAGCAGCUGUGAACGAGGAACUAUUGGAACGUCAAAACAACGCCAACCAGGUUGACGCUGACGAAACACUCGGCUCACAACAGGCUUUCCACAACUUUUCCAGCUCGCACUGGCAUCACGACGAUUGUAUUGAGAAGAUUUUCUGCAAAGAAACGUACCCGCCCAUGGAGAAUCCACCUACAGGUGGAAACGCCCUUCUUACAUGGGCUCAUAGCACGCAUCCCGCGAUGCGAGAUUUCCUCAUUCACGGCUUAAAGCCAUUUGUUGAGAUGAUCGAUAGACUGGUGGGUGACUUGUAUCACAUGCAAGAGGAUGCCACUAUGCGACAGCACGAAAUCGACAUCGUCAGAAGCAAAACGAAGAGAAUCAGAGUAAACCGAAGCGCACCUGAUCAAGUAAUUUCGAGCCAGGACGUUUUCGCAGCCAUUGGCGCCAGGGAAGACCGCGGCAACGCUAGGCGAGAGCGAUCAGCACGGUCUACGGGGGAGGAGCCCACACAGGAGGAGCCCACACAGGAGGAGCCCACACAGGAGGACUCUACACGACAGCAGUCUACACGACAGCAGUCCACACGACAGCGGUCCACACGACGUGCCGGUCCCUUUUCGAAGGUCCCACCCUCGCUAUUUGCUGACAGUCCCACCUCUGACACCAGCUCGGGGCCACAAGACGAUAACUGUCCCAGUUCUGACUCUCUUAUGCUGUCCGACUGA